AUGACACCUCUGUUCCCAUCUCUCCCUCCAGGGGGUGCCGGGUGCAAACUCUGCCCCAGGGGUUGGCCGCUGCGCGGGGACAAGUGCUACUGGCUGUCAAAACAGGCUAAUAACUGGACUCGGAGCCGGGACGACUGCUGGGGGAAGAGCUCGCGACUGCUCGUGCUCCAGAGCCAGGAGGAGCUGGACUCCAUACGGCUUGUUAUCCAAGGUACACACUCUGUCUGGACUGGAGUUAAAGCGACAUUCCCUGGGGGGAAGUGGACCUGGGUGGAUGGCUCCCCAUUGGACCCAGCGCGCUUCCCCGUCUCCGGCCCUGUGGACGGGAACAGCUGCGGUCGGCUAAAAGGCAGCCAGCUUUAUUCUGAGAUGUGUGAUGUUGAGUUCAGGUGGAUCUGCCAGAAAGAUGCUGCCGUGAUCUAACCAGUGGGACCACAGAGCCGUGUCUGUGAGAUGUCAAGGACCCUGCACUCAGGCUCAGCAGGCUGGACUGUGGCUUUAGGCAGAGUCCGGGAGACUGGGAGUCACCUUCCUGCCUCUAGUGGGAUGCCUUGUUGGGGACAGGUCCCAACCCCUCUGGCCCACACACCACACAGACCAGCUAUCAUGCUGCAGGUUAGCGAGAGGCCCCCUAACUCCUGAGGAUCCCCCAGCAUUGGCCAGCCCUGCCCCACAGGAUGCUCACUCAGCUGCUGCUUCCCAACUCAUACUUCCCCUGCCCCCACUGUACAAGAGCCCCCCUCAGCUCCCUGCCCCCUCUACCUCACUGUGCUUAAGAGAGAUGAACAGUUCACACUCCUACUGGAAAGGCAUAACAAGUGGGGUUCUGCAGGGAUCUGUCUGGGGGCCAGUUCUG